UUUCUUUGUGCACGGCUUACAUUAAUUUGACUUUUACGGACUUGUUAUAUAUGGAAAGUGUGGUUAUAUUGUAAGGUUCUAGUAACAUGACGUGUGGGGUCGUCGCGGUUGUGUGUUAAACGUGUAAAGCCUCACCAUGUCGACAAUGGGAUAACGUGGAAGUGAACGAGAGCGUGGCCUCGUAGGCUAGCAGUCAUGCUAACGGCUAACAACAAUGAGCCAUAUUUGGCGCACUCGCAGGCGAAAAGUUUGAAUUUAAAGGGGAAGACGGCGUCCACCGUAACUUCGUGUUUUUAACUAAAUCGUUACGCUAUUGCAGAGUUUCCUCGUCUUGCACCGACCAACAAAUUCAAGAUGUUUGGCUUUCAUAAGUCAAAGAUCUACCGGAGUAAUGACGGCUGUUGCAUCUGUAAGACUAAGUCUUCUAGUUCACGCUUCACAGACAGCAGCAGAUAUGAGGAGACUUUCAGGAUGUGCUUUGGACUCUCAGAAGAUCGUGUUGGAGACAUUUGCAAUGCGUGUGUGCUACUGGUGAAGAGAUGGAAGAAGCUGCCUCAUGGCUCCAAGAAGAACUGGAAUCAUGUGGUGGAUGCCAGAGCUGGUCCAGGUUUUAAGGUGACAAAACCCAAGAAGAUCAAGAACAGCGAUGGGAAGAAGAAGAGCAAACUUAAAAGGCUUCAUAAGUUUAAGAGACAAACAGACUCAGAUGCUCACAGCACAACCUCCAGCAUGUCUCCUGCACAAUCUCCCAGUUAUAGCAACCAGUCAGAUGAUGGUUCAGACAUGGAGUCCAAACAAAGACGGUCUUCUCCUUCAAUCUUCUCCUUCUUGGAUCGUUCUUACUGGAAAAGGCAAAAGGUGUGCUGUGGAAUUGUCUACAAAGGUCGAUUUGGAGAAGUGAUUAUUGAUCCCCGGGUUUUUAAGCCUUGCUGCAGCUCAAAAAACCAGGCGACACUGACGCCUACGCAGGUGCCCACACUCCAACCACAGCACCCAGAGGAUUUGAAAGAAACCUGGUGAAUGGUUUUGUCAAGUCUCCCCUUCCUUUAUGGGGCUAUCCAUGGCAACCUCCUGGAUUUGUCUCCAGUGGCAGACCUCAUUUUCAUUCCCCGUUAGAUCAGUUAAUGUUCAUCCUUGUAAUUUUCAUUUUUAUAUGGGUAUUGUUUUUUUUUUUUUUUAUCUUUUGUAUAGAGUUGAGUUCUUUCUUUUAUAGAGAGGAAAAAAAGAAAAAAAAAAACUUUCGGGCAUUAGUGUUAUUUAUAGGAUAAGGAUAAGGUUAAAAUUUUGGUUCCAAAUUGCUUUUGGUUAUUUUUGUAUUGAAUUGUCAGUUUUUGUAAAUAAUUUCUGUUUUUAUUUCAUAUCAGGACUGCUUUAUUUUUUUAUAACUUGUAAUACUGUAAUUGUGUGUAUGAAAGACACCAGCUAUUUCCAAUACCAGCUUCAUGUGUGUUGAAGGGAUUCUUCAACAUUGUUGCUGCAAAGUUUUGUCAUCCAUUAGCUCUGUAUGUUUUUGUUUUUUAGUGCACAAAUUGCUUUUGAUAACCCACAAGGAUCUUUAGCAAAUCUGUUCUCUGUAAAUCUUUUAUGAUUUUUGUGUUUUUAAAUGUGUACAAAUUAGACACCUUGGACAUAAACAGCUUUAGCCACCAGUAUGAAACACUCACUUUUAUUUUGCUCAGCAGUUUGUGCACAUUAGACCAUGCAUGCAGUAUGGCCCUCUGCUUGUUGGAUUGACGGUUUUAUUUAUUUCUUUUGUACAGCCUCCAAUGAAAUCACAUUGCAUGUUGUAAAGCAAAUUGUUUUUAAAAUGGAUUUUCUAAGUAUAGCAUUUUGGCUUGUGGGUUUUCCAAAAAUGACAUGAAACAGCGAAACCACUACAUCUGAAGAGGUGCUGAAGGCAUGUAUUUAUUUGCUAAAAGCCAGUUUGAUCACUCAUUAUUUUCUCAGGUAUGUUUCUUAAAAGGCUUGCCUUGUUUUAGUUUGUGAUCUCUGCAGAAAUAGUUGUUUAACUGCAGGAUUAAAAGAGAAACUUACCUGCAGAAUCAGUGAGCUGUGAACAUCUGUUUUGUGCUAUCAACCUGAACAUGCUGGAGACCUGCGGUUGCUCUACAUCUUUAAUGCUCCUAGAGGAACAUGUUCAUCAAAAGCAGCAAUUGUCAAAAGUUCAAACUAUGCAGACAUGUUGAAUGUGAGAAUUGUUCUGGCGGUUUGUCACGUUUAGUGUAUAGUGAUGGACCCUCUUUUUUUUUUUUUUGUAACCAAAUUGGCUCUAUUUUUAGCAAUAAUGUUGCAUCAUCAUGACCAGUCAAUGUCUCACAUUGUAUGUAUGCCAUGUUAAAAAUAUUGCUUAUAUUGCACAGUUAUUGCCAUGGUGUAUACUGUUUCAGUACUACAGUGACAACAGUUGCUUUUUAUUUAUUUUAUUUUUUUUAAUUUUUGUAACCAAACUCGAAUUAAAAUAAUUGACAGGCACUGCUCUGUAAAGUUGCUUAAUAUAUAUAAACUGUAUUCUGCGGCAGGGUAGUGAAAUGCU